UCUAGCUGACAUACCUGGCAUUUCACCUGAUCUGUGCAUGCAUAGAAUACACCUGGAAGAUGAAUCGAUGACUUCUGUAGAACAUCAGAGGAGGUUAAACCCAAAUCUAAAAGAUGUUGUAAAGAAAGAGAUAAUGAAACUUCUAGAAGCAGGUGUGAUCUAUGCGAUCUCUGAUAGUAAGUGGGUUAGUCAUGUGCAUGUAGUACCUAAGAAAGGUGGGAUCACUGUGGUAACCAAUGAAAAGAAUGAAUUGAUCCCUACUAGAACAGUCACUGGUCAUCGCAUGUGCAUUGAUUUUCGUAAGCUUAAUGCUGCGACUCGUAAGGAUCACUUCCCACUUCCUUUUAUUGAUCAAAUGCUUGAGAGAUUGGCUAACCACCCUUACUAUUGCUUUUUAGAUGGUUAUUCAGGUUUCUUUCAGAUUCCCAUCCACCCAGACGAUCAGGAGAAGACGACGUUCACAUGCCCUUAUGGAACAUAUGCAUACAGGAGGAUGCCAUUCGGCUUGUGCAAUGCUCCAGCGACCUUCCAACGCUUCAUGAUGUCGAUUUUUACUGAUCUGAUUGAAGACAUAAUGGAGGUUUUCAUGGCCGAUUUCAGCGUCUAUGGAAGCUCCUUUCAUGUCUGUUUGUCAAAUUUGUGCAGGGUGCUGAAGCGAUGCGAGGAGAAGCAUCUGGUGCUGAACUGGGAGAAAUGCCACUUCAUGGUCAGAGAUGGGAUUGUUCUGGGACACAAGAUAUCAGAGAAAGGCAUUGAGGUGGACAAGGCAAAGAUCGAGGUCAUGAUGAGUCUGCAACCACCAACUUCAGUGAAGGGAAUCAGGAGUUUCUUGGGACAUGCUGGUUUCUAUAGGAGGUUCAUCCAGGACUUCUCUAAGAUCGCGAGACCACUCACUCGGUUGCUCUGCAAGGAAGCUCAGUUUGCUUUUGACAGUGACUGCCUAGCCGCAUUUCACACGAUCAAGGGAGCUCUAGUCAGUAUGCCUCCAAAGAUGAGAAAUGCUAGAGCCGCCAAGAGCACAGCUUCUCCAGCCGUGAGAGCUCCACCUGGUUACCCAUGGCCGAACAAGAUUGAGGGCGAACCCAUCGACCUCAAUGAUCCGAUGCUCCUUGACUACAAUGUUGAGGGAUGGGACAAGGAGUCAGCGGGGAGAUACAACCGGCUCCUACUAGCGGAAAUCUUGCCCACGCGGUUCGCUCACCAGGAGACUCUAGCCGAUCUCGGCCUUGACACUGAGGUGUUCGAUACGAUGCAGGCUAUGGGACUCAUGCCUCUCUGUUUCCAAGCCCAGGUUCUCUACCCGGAUUUGGUUAGGCAAGUGCUCGCGACGUGCCAGAUCACUUAUUUGAACCCCAAUGAGCCUACAUACGUAAACUGCUUCUUCUCUUUCAUGGCUGAUGGCAAGUUCUGCUCCAUCUCCCUCAACGAUCUGAACGAGCUACUCGAGAUUGCGGACACGCCAAGGGGAGUUUCAGUGGAGAAGAAGUUCAAGCCGGCAGACACCUUUUGGGACCUCAUUGCAUCCGUCCUUCCUGCGUCCGGUGAUCCUUUCCUCUGUUACUCCGACGAACAUGUCUUCCUCCAACUUCCUGGUAAGAUAAUUGACGUCUCUUUUAACCUGAUUAAGAUGAUUCUUGUGAUGUUAUACUUGUCUGGUGAUCUGCUUUGUUUUCCCGGUUGUGAUACUCGUCUCCCUUCAGUUCUCCUUGGUGAUUAUCCUCCACCAUAG